GGUUAUAUUUGUCUUAUUGUAUGAUAUUGUUUGAGAAUUUUCAAAUAUAAAUUAAUUCUCAUCUGUGCUGAUCUUAAUUAUAUCUGUGAACAAACAGCAGUGCAGCACUCUCCAGACACUUAAAGAAGGUCAACUCUCAUUUGGUAGCAAAUCUGUAAUCUGAGCAUGGAGUGGAUGUGGAACUAUGUUCUUUGGUCCAUUUUGAUCACUCUGAUGCCGCUUGCUUGGCAUUUGAGGAGGAAGAAUAGUUACAGACGAUCCAAGCUUCCUCCGGGGCCUCGAGGCUGGCCAGUCAUUGGCAAUAUAUUUGAUCUUGGAGCUUCACCACACAGAAGUCUAGCUGCGCUGAAACAAAAAUAUGGUCCUGUUGUGUGGCUAAAUCUUGGACCUGUCAAGACCAUGGUGAUUCUUUCUGCCAGUGCAGCUGAAGAGUUUUUCAAGAACCAUGAUCUCUCCUUCGUUGACAGGUUCAAUAAUGAUAUAACCAGGUCACACGACUACUACAAGAGCUCCAUAGCUUUGGGCGCAUAUAGCCCCUACUGGCGCACCAUGAGGCGGAUAUGUAAUAAGGAGGUCUUUAGCAAUAAGAGAAGCAACGAAACAGUUUUGGUCAAGAAAAAAUGUGUGGAUGAGAUGUUGAAGUGGAUAGAAAAGGAAGUAGAAGAAAGUGCAAGUGGUGAAAUUGAAGUGAUAGAGUUUGUGUUCCCAGCAAUAUUUAACAUGAUUGGAAAUCUGACACUAUCUCGUGACUUGAUGAGUCCGAAAUCUGAGAUGGCAUCUGAAUUCUACACCGCCUUGUCAGGAUUCUCAGAGUGUGUCACCAGUCCUAAUAUCUCUGAUUUGUUUCCUUGGCUUGGAUGGCUUGACCUGCAAGGAUUGAGGGCGAGAACCGACAGGGAUCUAGGCAAAGCAAUUAAAAUUAUUUCAGGAUUCGUGGAUGAUCGGGUUAAACAGAGGCAACACAGGGAAGGAAAGGCCACAGAUCACAAGGACUUCUUGGACGUGGUGCUAGAUUUUGAGGGUACCGCGAAGGAUGAACCAGAAAUACUAUCACACCACCAAAUCACUAUCUUUUUAUUGGAUAUAUUUGUUGCGGCAACAGACACAAUAAGCGCCACAAUUGAGUGGGCGAUGUGCGAGCUCUUAAGGAAUCCUGAAUCACUGAAGAAGAUCAAAGCGGAGCUUGGUAGAGUUGUGGGAGCAAACAAGGAACUGGAAGAGAGUGACAUUAAUAAUCUGCCUUACUUGCAAGCAAGCGUGGAAGAAUCACUACGCUUACAUGCUUCAAUUCCACUUCUGCUACCAAGAAAGGCGGUCCAAGAUACGACCUUCAUGGGCUAUAACAUUCCAAAAAAUACACAAGUUUUUGUCAAUGCUUGGGCGAUUGGGAGAGACGAAGAGAGUUGGGAGGAUGCUUUGUCUUUUAAACCUGAAAGAUUCUUGGAAUCGAGUAUUGGGUACAAGGGACAGAGUUUUAAGUUUAUACCAUUUGGUGCUGGGAGAAGAAUUUGCCCUGGUCUUCCUUUGGCUCAUCGUGUUCUUCCUCUCAUUUUAGGCUCGUUGCUUCAUCAUUUCGACUGGAAGCUUUGUGAUAGUGUCAGUGGUGGGAUUAAAAUGGACAUGAGAGAAGCAAUGGGGGUCUCAGCAAGAAAACUAGUGCCCUUAAGAGGAGUUCCCAAACGAAUGGAUGCAUGAUCAUCAUCACAAUUAAUGGUGGUAAUCAGAGAUGAUGCCAGUGAUUGAAGAAAGACUCUGAAUAAUCACUAGAUGUAAGUGAUCCGAUCACUGGUUUCUGGUUUAACUGAGUUGUUAUAUAUUACUGUAUGUUACGGUUUGAACCACGUGUAUAAUGUUAAACUGCAACUCGCAACGCAAGGUGUAAUUUUUCAAAA